AUGUCCAAGGCUACAGAAGAAAGGAAGGUUUCUAAAAGUAUAUUGAAAAAGUCUAGUGAUCAGGUACCUCAGAAGAGCUUCCAGUGGGAUGAAUCAAAUAUUCUAGCUACUUAUCAUCCCGCAGAUAAGACGUAUGGUCAUAUGAAAAUUGAAGAGCCGAAAACACCUUACGUUUUUGAUCCUGAGGAUGGUUCUGCCGUCACUUCUGGACCCUUAUUUACUGCAGAAGAUUUAGCUGCCAGGCUUUCUGCGGCUUCAAAGGACCCUGAUCAGCACUUACCAAGUGCCACAAAAGUUGACCAGGAGGAAGAUGAACAUCAGAGAAAAUUUCGUGAAAAACGGAAGCAACAUUACAACGAAUUUUUGGCUGUAAAGCUAGCUAAAGAAAGUUUACAAAAUGAUGAUGAAGAAGGGGAAAAUAUUGAAAAGGAAGACGAAGAGGAAGAUGAAGAAGUUGAACAUAAUGUUGAGCAGGCGAUGAUUAAUGCACGGUUAAAUGCUGAAAUUUCCCGUUUAAGUCGAAACACAGAGCAGCCUAUCUCUAGUAUUUUGAGAAAUCAGAAUCUUCCAAGAUCUCACCUGUGAGAGAUUCAAGAUAUUAAAGAUUUUCGAAUUUCUCUCUAUUUAUAUGUACAAAUAUUCGUUUACUUCUAUCCAGUUCUCUCAGAUUUGGCCAUUUUAUGUUAUGAUCACAAUCCAUGAUACAAUUUAACUUUCUUUUAUUCUACAGCAUUCAUACGCUGUCUUAGAACUUAUAUAUUCUAAGCUACCGCCACGCAAUUUGACUGAUAAAUUCGAAAAUGUCCAUAAUUCCUUUAUUACAGAGUCACAGACCAUUCCCACUUUGUAAAAUAAACCAAUAUAAUACGAAUUCUACUAAUCUCACAAGACUUUUUCAUAGUAUGAAUGUUUUGUUUGGUAAUGUUUGGAAUUUAUACUUCAGAAAAGAAUGGACAAUCGUUCGACUUCUCUAAGGCAGAAUGGUUUCCAGUUUACCU